AUGUCGGCUUCGACCGUAUCUAUAACGGCGAACCCGGCCACAACGACUCGGCGGCGUACCGUGGUGGCCGUCGAGAAAAAGUCGACAAACAUCGAACUUGUCUCCGCCGAAAAGGCCGACGGCAAAGCCGAAACCGGCGGUAAUUCUAAGGAUCUGAGCCACCACUCGAUCCGGGGCGAACCGGGUCUCGACCGCUCGGCCCAUGGCAAGAAGACUGCUCCCAAUUCCACCAUUUCACCACCCUCCAAUCGUCGCUCUCGCAGAAGCGUAGCCGUUGAUCCCAAUCCUCGAUGGGUCACCGUUCUCCGAAUCUUUGCCAAGAACUUCAUUCUUCUUCUGUUGGUAGUGGGUUUGUUUCAGAUUGUCAGAAGACUCGCUCUGCGGUCCGGGGAUGGGGUUCCUAUGGCGUUUUCGGAGUUGGAAGGUCGCAUUGCGGAGGUUGAAUCGUUUAUGAAGAAGACUACGAAGAUGGUUCAGGUUCAAGUGGAGGUUGUGGACCGGAAGAUCGAGAGUGAGGUUGGAGGUUUGAGGAGAGAAGUGGAGAAGAAGAUCGAGGACAAGGGGGUUGUGUUGGAGAGGGAUUUGAGGAAAUUGGAGGCGAGAAAUGAAGGUUUGGAGAGGUCGGUGGACGAUUUAAGGAGCGUGGAGUGGUUGUCUAAGCAAGAAUUCGAAAGGGUGUACGAGGAGUUGAAGAAGACGGCGAAGAGCGGCGAGGAUGGAGAAUUCGGUGCUAGGUUGGAUGAUAUAAGGGCGUAUGCGAGGAAUGUUGUCGAGAAGGAGAUAGAGAAGCAUGCGGCAGAUGGGCUUGGUAGGGUGGAUUAUGCUUUGGCCAGUAGUGGGGCUUUCGUUGUGAAGCACUCAGAGCCAUAUUUGGUUGGGAAAGCGAGUAAUUGGGUGUUCUUGAAGAGCACCAAAAAUGGGGUUCACGGUGAUGCCGAGAAGAUGCUAAGACCGAGUUUUGGAGAGCCUGGGCAGUGUUUUCCCUUGAAAGGGAGUAGUGGGUUUGUCCAGAUUAAGCUGCGGACCCCAAUUAUUCCUGAGGCUAUCACUCUGGAACAUGUUGCAAAGAGUGUCGCUUAUGACAGACGGAGUGCUCCUAAGGACUGCAGGGUCUCUGGGUGGCUGCGAGCACAUGAUGAUCUAGAAGUUGAUACAGAGAAAAUGUUCAGUCUUGCUGAAUUCACUUACGACCUUGAGAAGAGCAAUGCUCAGACAUUCGAUAUCUUGGACUCAGCGGUGUCCGGCCUAGUUGACACAGUGAGGUUGGACUUCACAUCCAACCAUGGAAGCGCUUCUCAUACAUGCAUAUAUCGAUUAAGAGUGCAUGGCCAUGAACCUGAUGCUGUUUCUAUGAUGACCAUGCAACUGUCUUAA